GCCAGAUUACACAAUCCCGGGUGGAAUUACAAAAUAUGAACGAACUGGUGAAAUGAACAUAAAAACGAGAAAGGUCACCUUUUAUACCAAAAUACCAGUCAAAAUUAUAAGGAUCAAACCUCCUACCAUAAAUGGAAAAUGUUUAUAUGCUUCUUGUUUUAGUUAUUCGGAUAUUUCUGGCCUGCGGCCACCGUGGCCAGACCCAACCGUGAACAACCCCUGGCCCGCUUAUACAAUAUUUGAAAAUGGCUUUGAAAUGGCUUUGAAAUGGCUUUGA